AUGAGUUCCAGUACCAGCUUUGCCGACACCCUCAGCCCUGGGACAAAUGGUACGAGUGCCUCCCGUAGGUCCACCUCAACCGUGCGAUCACGCCCUCGCCGCUUGGUAUCGUUCACCGACGAUGAAAGUGAUAAUGGAAGGCAGCUGGAGCCCUCCGGGUUGUCCACCACCCUGUCCACGGAUCUCCCGGUACCUCGAUCUCGCGGUGCCACCCCGUCACCCUACACAUCCCGCGGAGCUUCGCCAAUGCCCAUGAGACAUCCUUCCCGAGUCACACCUUCGCCUGGCCGCGGAGCGAGUAGCUCGUUAGGCGGGUUCAGCUAUACUGGCAAGAAUCAAGUCAACUUCGCGGAGUCGUCGCGAGCUGCCGCUGACUUUCUGGAUGCGUCUUGGUCAUCGUUACAGAGCUUGGCCUCAUCGGUUUUGGGAAGUGAUAUUGCACGGCCCACCACCAAUGGCACGCCACGGACACAUACGAGGAAGCCUUCACGCCCCGAUUCGUACACGGGGAACCCGUCGCGGACUUUGACAUCCUCGUCGUGGGGACCGGCAGCUCCGUCUACCUCCGCAAUUGGCGCUGGAACUAAGGAAGAACGGCAAGCAUUUGUACAGGCUAAGAAAAGGGAAGCACUGCUACUGGCGGAUACAGAGACGAAUGGAAAUCUUAAUACGAAACAUAAACGACGCGAUUCUAGUGAUCGGACGGGCCAUUUGAAAGCAGGUUCGAAUCCGGACGAGGAAGCUCUGGCGUACGUACAUCAUGUCCAGCCGACGGACAGUAUAACGGGGGUAACGAUACGCUACGGUUGCCAGCCUGCGAUAUUUAGGAAGGCGAAUGGCUUUUGGCCCAGUGAUAGUAUUCAAGGUCGGAAGACAGUUCUUCUACCAGUCGAUUCUUGCUCAGUCAAAGGACGACCCAUUCGACAUGAUUUAAAACUGGUGGAUGCUGGGAUUUCCAGACGAGACUCUUUGGAAGAUCCAAGUGGGAGCUCAAUAGCCCCGAGUUCGAUUUCAGGGCCUCGCGAUCAACCCGAAGCAAUCCCGGACGCUCCUUCAGAGGCGGAAGCGGACCAAAUAUGGAAACACGAGUCCUGGGUCCAGAUCGAUGGCUUCUCUGCGCCUGUAGAGAUUGGACGCGUCCCUCGCAGGGCGUUAGGCUUCUUUCCGCGCUCAAGACGGAAAUCUAUUUCCUAUACUGACUCCGAGAGUCCUUCGUUAUCUGGACGCGAGAGAACCCCAACAUUAUCCUCGACUUCAUCAACCUUUGAACCUCAACCCUCGCGCGUUACAUCUAUGCCCGGAAAUAGACCUCACGCGGACUCCCGGGCCGGGCGUGGCACCCUCGAUCGUGACGCAAUGGCUCCUGGGCCGGCUCUCGACGGUCUGAGUAAAUUCUUUGCCCAGCAUCUACCGAACCUUGCCCCCGCUCCUACUCCUCCGAAAUUUCAAGACUCCACGGAGUACACUUCAAAUGCUGUGUCCAACACUCCCACCGGCUUGGACAAUAUAGGCGGUGCAGUCGAGGGCUGGGUCAGGAAGAUGACCAACCGAGCCAAGGCUGGGUUUAAUGAACUGCAGCAAAGCACACAAGGCCACCAAAUGAACGGCACAGCCCAUCGACCUGCGACGCGCGGGGUGGGAGACCUGAUUGAGCUUAAUGAUGGAUUAGAAUCUCGCGACGCCUCAAAGAUACUGCGGCCCGAGUACAACCGAUCCGGAACAAUUGUUGGCGAUGGUAGCUCAGUGAGAGGCCGUUUCCAUAGUCCUUCGGCAGGGACGAGCAGGACUCGUACUACGUUCAAGGACGAUUGA